GAAAAAUUGGCGCUUGUGGAUUGGCCGUUGUUAAGGGGGAGAAGAGGAAAGGAGUCUGUCUGUCUGUCUGUCUUCCUCCUUGAAUCUAGGGUUUCCAGAGGAAGCGCUCUCUGGAUUUCCUUUCUCGUCUUCUUCUUCUAGAUUCCACUGUACGCUGUCUGAUUCUUUCACCUUGCGUGAUCUUAAUCGACUCUCGUUGAUUCGAUGAUGGAAACCCAUGUGACGUGCACUCUCGAGGAAGAGAGACGUAUCGUGACGGAGCUGAUUAGCGAAGCCGAAGAUCAUCUGAAAGAGGGCAACUUGUAUUUCGUCAUCUCUAACAGGUGGUAUACAAGCUGGCAGAGAUGUGUUGGCCUACUAACAGAAGAGUUAUCUAGUAGAGUGCCUUUAGAUGUUACUAGGCCCGGUCCUAUUGACAAUCAUGAUAUUAUUGAUACCCAAAGUGACGCUACUGAUCCGCAGCUUAGUAGGAUGCUUGAGGAAGGAGUCAACUACGUUCUUGUUCCUGAUCAAGUUUGGAAAAAACUUGUGGAAUGGUAUUUGUAUAAAGGAGGUCCUACAAUAGAGAGGAAGUUAAUCUGUCAAGAGUUUCCUAGCAAGAGCUACAGUGUGGAGGUUUACCCACUCUCCCUUAAGCUGACAGACAGUAGAGACAAAAGCAGUGCCACCCUAAGGUUGAGCAAACGGGCUUCUGUAGGUCAACUCUAUGAGAUGGUUUGUUCUGCAAAAGGUGUAUCAAAAGAAAAGGCUCGCAUCUGGGAUUACUUCGAGAAGAAGAAAAGCGUACUCUUGGAUCCAUCAUCUGAAAGAACCUUGGAGGAAUCGUGUCUUCAAGUUGACCAUGAUAUUCUUCUUGAAGUUGAUGAGAAUGCGUCUACUCAAUAUGACAUUAGCUCGGCGGGAAAUGAGUUGGCUCUUGUACCUGUAGGGCCUACGAGAUCCGAUGCUAUACUUGGUGGAGGGAUCUUUUCUAAGGGUUACUCCAACGGUUCCAUGUUUAGACAGUUUUGGAAAGACCCUUUCGACGAUGACUCCCUGAGUGGUUUUGUGAAAAGAGAGGGGAGAGGCUUAAGAGGAUUGCAUAAUUUGGGAAACACUUGUUUUAUGAACAGCACUCUUCAGUGUUUGGCCCAUACGCCUCCUAUCGUUGACUAUUUCUUGAAAGAUUACAGAGAUGACAUAAAUGAAGAUAAUCCUUCUGGAACGCGAGGUGAGCUUGCGAUUGAGGUUGGUGAGCUUUUGAGGAAACUGUGGUCUUCUGGACAAAAUGCAGUUUCGCCACACUUUUUAAAGACAAAAAUGGCUAAAUUCGCACCGCAAUUUAGUGGUUAUAAUCAACAUGAUUCUCAAGAAAUGCUUUCUUUCCUAUUGGAUGGGCUUCAUGAAGAUUUGAACAAGGUUAAACAAAAAACUUAUAUUGAAUAUAAAGCUUCACAUGGUUGCCCAGAUGAUGAAGUAGCCGAAGAAAUGUGGAAAUAUCACAAGGCUCGUAAUGAUUCCGUGGUUUAUGAUGUCUUCCAAGGACAAUACAAGUCAACACUUGUCUGCCCAGAUUGUGGAGAAACCUCAGCCACCUAUGAUCCCUUCAUGUACUUAACUUUACCGUUGCCAACAAGUCUCACUCGGUCAAUGACUGUUUCAGUGUUUUACGGCGAGGAUAACCGUUUUUCGACGCCAUACACAGUAACAGUUCCUAAAGAUGGUUCAUUGGGAGAUCUAAGUAAUGCAUUAGGCGCUGCUUGUGGCUUGAAAGACGAUGAAAGCCUUUUACUCGCAGAUGUAUAUGCUCACAAGGUCUUUAAAUAUCUUGAGAGUCCACUGCAGUAUCUGAGUGAGUUAAGAGACAACGACCGUAUUGUGGCAUAUAGGUUCAACCAGAUGCACAAAGGACCAGGAAAAGCCAAACUUGAAAUUCUUCAUUGGGAGCAGAAACAGUCUGAUUUUGGCAGAGACGCAGAGUUUUCCGGAAAGUUAUUUGGAAUUCCCCUCGUUACUUAUGUCAACACAGAACGACAUAGUAGAAGCGACAUUGAUGCAAUUAUUUCUGGAUUGCUAUCACCUCUGCGCCGGACUCAUUCAUCAUCUACCGUCCAUGUUCCAGAUGUUGACGUUGACAUAUCUGGAAGCUUAGAGGAUACUACAGUUGGGGAUAAAGAGUUGUCUUUCAGCGUCUUCUGGUUAGACCGUUAUUCUUCCAGUCUCAAGCCACUUGAGUCCGAUUUUCUUCCGAAUCCUCUUAGUGCUACAAGGCUUGUAGUCAAGUGGGACGAGAAAGAGCAUGGAAAAUAUGAUUCAAGCAGCUACUUGAAUGAGCUACCUGAGGUUUAUAAAGCAACAACUUCCUUGGUGACGGAAGAGGUUUCUUUGUUUUCAUGCUUGGAUGCCUUUCUAGCAGAAGAGCCUCUCGGACCAGGUGAUAUGUGGUCUUGUCCUGCUUGCAAAGAACCCAAACCAGCGAACAAGAAGCUGUACUUGUGGAAGUUGCCAGAGAUUCUCGUGGUCCACCUAAAACGGUUCACCUAUACCAGAUUAUUAACGAGUAAGAUUGAUACGUUCGUGGAUUUUCCGGUUCAUGACUUAGAUUUAAGCAAGUACGUGAAGAAUAAAGACGGUGAGUCGUAUCUUUACGAGCUGUAUGCGAUUAGCAAUCAUUACGGUGGUAUGGGAGGUGGUCACUACACUGCUUAUGCUAAGUUGAUGGACGAGAACAAGUGGUACGAGUUUGAUGACACCCGUGUUUCAGCCGUAGAUGAGUCUGAGAUCAAGACUUCGGCUGCAUAUGUUUUGUUCUAUCGAAGAGUGGGAAGUGAGUCAGAGACAUCGAAUAUGGAUGAAGAUUAGUUCGGAGAAAUCCCUUUGCAUUCUUCAGGAUUCAUGACAAAAGUUUGCUGCUUUGCUCAAGAUUCAUUCAUUGGUUCUAAAGAUUGUUCCCAGGGCGGGAAAUCUUUGUGGGGAAACAGAUUAUAGAGUAUCUAGGUGGCUGGGGGGAGAAAUUGGCAUGUUGUUGCUCUUCUUACAUUUGCAAAGUGACGGUGAUUAAUUAGAUACUACAAGCUAAACAUGGUCUUUUUUAAAAAAAAACUGAGAUUAUUUGGUCUUU